AACGACUCCAUGAACUUCCGGCUACAAGCCAUUCCGCUUCCCGGGGAACGCUUGGGCUGUUGUACGGGUUCCGUAGAGGACUCUGAAGACAGAGGAUAUCCGGUCCGGAGCGUCCGUGCAGCGCGGAGUUAGGCGCCCCGGCAGUUGCUUAGGGGAGGUGGACCAGGCUUGCUGCUACUUGGGGCGGUCCUUUCGUUUCCCCUGGAGUGGAGAGGAGAGUGCUGCCAUGGCAGCCACUGCGCAGCCCAAGAAGAUCGUGGCCCCUACGGUGUCCCAGAUAAACGCGGAGUUCGUGACCCAGUUAGCGUGUAAAUACUGGGCUCCUCACAUCAAGAAGAAAUCACCUUUUGAUAUAAAGGUUAUUGAAGAGAUAUAUGAAAAAGAGAUUGUCAAAUCAAGGUUUGCUAUUAGAAAGAUAAUGCUGUUGGAAUUUAGCCAGUAUCUUGAAAAUUAUCUCUGGAUGAAUUAUUCUCCUGAGGUAUCCAGCAAGGCUUAUUUAAUGUCAAUCUGCUGUAUGGUGAAUGAGAAGUUCAGAGAAAACGUGCCUGCAUGGGAGAUUUUUAAGAAGAAACCGGACCAUUUCCCAUUCUUUUUCAAACACAUCUUGAAGGCGGCAUUAGCUGAAACUGAUGGUGAAUUUUCACUUCAUGAACAGACAGUCCUACUACUUUUUCUUGAUCACUGCUUCAAUAGUUUGGAAGUAGACUUGAUACGGAGUCAAGUACAGCAGCUUAUCUCCCUGCCAAUGUGGAUGGGCUUGCAGGCUGCACGAUUGGAAUUAGAAUUAAAAAAGACACCUAAGCUAAGAAAAUUUUGGAACUUGAUUAAAAAGAAUGAUGAAAAGAUGGAUCCAGAAGCAAGAGAACAGGCCUAUCAGGAGAGGAGAUUUCUUUCACAACUCAUCCAGAAGUUUAUUUCUGUGCUGAAAUCAGUCCCACUUUCUGAACCUGUCACUAUGGACAAAGUUCAUUACUGUGAAAGAUUCAUUGAACUUAUGAUUGAUCUAGAGGCCCUACUGCCCACAAGGCGCUGGUUUAAUACUAUCCUGGAUGACUCUCACCUUUUGGUUCACUGUUACCUUUCCAAUCUUGUUCGUAGAGAAGAGGAUGGCCAUCUUUUUUCCCAGCUUUUGGACAUGCUUAAAUUCUAUACUGGUUUUGAAAUUAAUGACCAAACUGGAAAUGCUCUGACGGAGAAUGAGAUGACCACAAUUCACUACGAUAGAAUCACUUCUCUACAGAGAGCUGCUUUUGCACAUUUCCCUGAACUCUAUGAUUUUGCCCUCUCAAAUGUGGCAGAAGUAGAUACUCGGGAAUCCUUAGUCAAGUUUUUUGGACCUCUUAGUUCAAACACACUCCACCAGGUGGCAUCAUACCUCUGCUUGUUGCCAACUCUUCCUAAAAAUGAAGACACAACUUUUGAUAAGGAAUUUCUUCUAGAAUUGCUGGUAUCUCGUCAUGAACGUCGAAUUUCUCAGAUUCAGCAGCUGAACCAGAUGCCUUUGUAUCCAACUGAGAAAAUUAUAUGGGAUGAAAAUAUUGUCCCAACUGAGUACUAUUCUGGAGAAGGUUGUCUAGCUCUUCCCAAAUUGAAUUUGCAGUUUUUGACUCUUCAUGACUACCUGCUAAGGAACUUUAACCUCUUCCGCUUAGAGUCAACUUAUGAAAUUCGGCAGGACAUCGAAGAUAGUGUCAGCAGAAUGAAGCCAUGGCAGUCUGAAUAUGGCGGUGUGGUAUUUGGUGGUUGGGCAAGAAUGGCCCAGCCCAUCGUGGCUUUUACUGUAGUUGAAGUUGCCAAACCCAACAUAGGUGAAAACUGGCCAACCCGAGUUCGUGCAGAUGUUACCAUAAAUCUGAAUGUCAGAGAUCACAUCAAAGAUGAAUGGGAAGGUCUUCGUAAGCAUGAUGUAUGCUUUUUAAUUACCGUACGUCCCACAAAACCUUAUGGCACUAAGUUUGACCGAAGGAGACCUUUUAUUGAGCAGGUUGGCCUGGUUUAUGUCAGAGGCUGUGAAAUUCAGGGCAUGCUGGAUGAUAAAGGACGUGUCAUUGAAGAUGGACCUGAACCCAGACCCAAUCUUAGAGGAGAGUCAAGGACAUUUAGAGUGUUUUUGGAUCCAAACCAGUAUCAACAAGAUAUGACCAAUACUAUACAAAAUGGAGCAGAGGAUGUGUAUGAAACUUUUAAUAUAAUAAUGAGAAGAAAACCAAAGGAAAAUAACUUUAAGGCUGUGCUGGAAACUAUUCGGAACCUGAUGAAUACUGAUUGUGUGGUACCUGACUGGCUGCAUGAUAUCAUUUUAGGUUAUGGGGACCCAAGUAGCGCACAUUACUCAAAAAUGCCCAAUCAGAUUGCCACCCUUGAUUUCAAUGAUACAUUUCUCUCCAUUGAGCAUUUAAAAGCCAGCUUCCCUGGUCAUAAUGUUAAAGUAACUGUGGAAGACCCUGCUCUACAAAUACCCCCUUUCAGGAUAACUUUUCCAGUAAGAAGUGGAAAAGGGAAGAAAAGGAAAGAUGCAGAUGUGGAAGAUGAAGACACUGAGGAGGCAAAAACCUUAAUUGUUGAGCCCCAUGUUAUUCCUAAUAGGGGUCCUUAUCCUUACAAUCAACCCAAACGUAAUACAAUUCAGUUCACUCAUACACAGAUAGAAGCCAUCCGUGCUGGAAUGCAGCCUGGACUGACUAUGGUUGUGGGCCCACCUGGUACAGGAAAAACAGAUGUGGCCGUUCAGAUCAUAUCCAACAUCUACCACAAUUUCCCAGAACAGAGAACUCUAAUUGUUACUCAUUCCAAUCAGGCCCUAAACCAGUUGUUUGAGAAAAUCAUGGCAUUAGACAUUGAUGAGCGCCACCUACUGCGUCUUGGUCAUGGAGAAGAAGAGCUGGAGACGGAGAAAGAUUUCAGCAGGUAUGGAAGAGUUAAUUAUGUCCUGGCUCGAAGAAUAGAACUUUUAGAAGAAGUCAAACGAUUGCAAAAGAGUCUAGGGGUUCCAGGAGAUGCCUCAUAUACCUGUGAAACUGCAGGCUAUUUCUUCUUAUACCAGGUAAUGUCUCGUUGGGAAGAGUAUAUUAGCAAAGUGAAAAAUAAAGGUAGUGCCUUGCCAGAUGUUACGGAAGUCUCCACUUUCUUCCCUUUCCAUGAAUACUUUGCAAAUGCUCCUCAACCCAUUUUUAAAGGAAGAUCUUAUGAAGAAGACAUGGAAAUUGCUGAAGGAUGUUUUAGGCAUAUUAAGAAAAUCUUUACUCAGCUUGAGGAAUUCAGAGCCUCUGAAUUGCUUCGAAGUGGACUGGAUAGAUCUAAAUACCUUUUAGUGAAAGAAGCCAAAAUUAUUGCUAUGACCUGUACUCAUGCUGCCUUAAAACGACAUGACUUGGUCAAGUUAGGUUUCAAGUAUGACAACAUUUUAAUGGAAGAAGCUGCUCAGAUUCUGGAGAUAGAAACUUUUAUCCCUCUUCUUCUACAGAAUCCUCAGGAUGGAUUUAGCCGACUGAAACGAUGGAUUAUGAUUGGUGAUCAUCACCAGUUACCUCCAGUUAUUAAGAACAUGGCCUUUCAAAAGUACUCAAACAUGGAGCAGUCUCUCUUCACUCGCUUUGUCCGCGUUGGAGUUCCGACUGUGGACCUCGAUGCUCAAGGGAGAGCCAGAGCAAGCUUGUGCAACCUCUACAACUGGCGAUACAAGAAUCUGGGGAACUUACCCCAUGUGCAGCUCUUGCCAGAGUUUAGUACAGCAAAUGCUGGCUUACUGUAUGACUUCCAGCUCAUUAAUGUUGAAGAUUUUCAAGGAGUGGGAGAAUCUGAACCUAAUCCUUACUUCUAUCAGAAUCUUGGAGAGGCAGAAUAUGUAGUAGCACUUUUUAUGUAUAUGUGUUUACUUGGUUACCCUGCUGACAGAAUCAGUAUUCUAACAACAUACAAUGGCCAAAAGCAUCUUAUUCGAGACAUUAUCAAUAGACGAUGUGGAAACAAUCCAUUGAUUGGAAGACCAAACAAGGUGACAACUGUUGAUAGAUUUCAAGGUCAACAGAAUGAUUAUAUUCUUCUUUCUCUGGUGCGAACCAGGGCAGUGGGUCAUCUGAGGGAUGUCCGUCGCUUGGUAGUGGCCAUGUCUAGAGCCAGACUUGGACUUUAUAUCUUUGCCAGAGUAUCCCUCUUCCAAAACUGUUUUGAACUGACUCCAGCUUUCAGUCAGCUCACAGCUCGCCCCCUUCAUUUGCAUAUAAUUCCAACAGAACCUUUCCCAACCACUAGAAAGAAUGGAGAGAGACCAUCUCAUGAAGUACAAAUAAUAAAAAAUAUGCCCCAGAUGGCAAACUUUGUAUACAACAUGUACAUGCAUUUGAUACAGACUACACAUCAUUAUCAUCAGACUUUAUUGCAACUACCACCUGCUAUGGUAGAAGAAGGUGAGGAAGUUCAAAAUCAGGAAACAGAAUUGGAAACAGAAGAAGAGGCCAUGACUAUUCAAGCUGACAUCAUACCCAGUCCGACAGACACCAGCUGCAGUCACGAAACUCUAGCCUUUCAAACUGAUACCACUUCUAAUCAGACUGAGACCACCCCCAGUGAGACAGGAGCCAGUUCCAAUCCAGAAGCCAUCUCUGCUUUAUCUGAGACUACCACUACUGUGGCAGGAGCUGUACCUGCACCGGCAGAGGCUAACAUGCCUCAGGAUGCCACAUCUGCUUCGGCAGAGACCAAGUAGCCAAACUAGCCCUUCUAAAGAAGGACAUGUUAUUCAAAAAGUCUGAGUAAAGUUAUUUUUUGUAUUUUACAUUUGCUUCUGCCAUUUUACUGUCACUAAUUAAUGUUCGGUUCUUAUAUUUGUUAACUGAUUUUGGUGUAUUGAAUACAUUUUUUAAAAUUAUAUGUGUACUAACAAUUCUACUUUCAUUUGUUCAGUCAGAAGAGCAAAUAACCAUUCCUUUGAUGAUUUGAUCACUAAGUGAAUAUAUUUGUAAUCAUAUCUACAUUAAAAUAAUUUUCUAUAGAAUAUAUAAUAUACACUUCACACUUUUAGUGAAAUUCUCUAAAGAAGAGGACAGAAUACACUGAACUUAACCAUGAAUACCCUUAAGUGUCCAAAUUGGGAAGGAACUUGUUUCUUCUGUUAUAUUAUCAAAUGCUUAAAUUCUGUUUUCUUUUUUCUUA